ACUGCUGCUGCUUCGCCCGUCGACCGGACGGACGGGCCGACCUCACCACUUCCCCACACGACCGCUCCAACGAAACAGUGUGAAACAGAUUUUGGGACUCCCCUCCGAACGACAACAAUGUGACGGUCGGUGGUCAGACGAACCGUGGUUGCCGGCCGUCGCUGCAACUUAAGACAACACUGCGGACGGCAUUUUUUUUUCUUUUCCAUCGACUGCAAUGAAGUUUGGUGCGUUAUCGGGUGUUGGUAGGGCAUUGUCAUGAACGUACAGACGGUCGUGGUCCAUUAUUGAUUAAAAUCAGACAUUUUUAUUCUGUGAUAUUAAUAUUAUGUUUGUGAUUAAAAGCCAGAACAUAGAGUAAUAAUGAAUGAUUCGUGAUAAUGUGAUUACAAUAAUCUAAAAUUUUAGGUCGUACUGUUAGCUAGUUCUGGCGCUGUACUAGUAUACAACUGUUGUGAUUACUGGGCAUGUGUCCCAUGUCCUCAACAAUAAUUCAAAUAAUCUGUAAUUAUCAUUAUUCAUAUUUUAUUGUUUGACAAUGCCGCUGAAUGAUUUACUAUCCACGCUUGGCGACAAUCCGUACUUCGGUGCAGGCUUUGGUCUGUUCGGGCUCGGAUUGGGGGCGGCCGUGUUGCGCAAGGGCGCCUCUGCUGGUCUAGUAUUGUUUCGCCGAAAUUUCAUGAUGACCUUGGAAGUACCGUGCCGUGACAAAAGUUAUCAAUGGGUGCUGCUGUGGGUUACACAAAAAGCAGCCAAGCGUACUCAACACCUGAGCGUAGAGACAACUUUCGAGCAAAUGGAUACCGGACGAGUGAACACCACGUAUCAUUUCUUACCCAGCAUUGGAGUACAUUUAAUCGAAUAUAACGGUAAAUAUAUUCAAGUAACAAGAACUAGGGAACAACAAUCAUUAGAUUUACAUGCUGGUGUUCCGUGGGAAAAUGUUGUACUCACCGCAUUUGGCACAAAUAAGUCAUUAUUCACUAAUAUAUUAGAAGAAGCUCGUCAAAUGGCUUUAAAAACAUUGGAAGGCCGUACAAUUGUAUAUACCGCUUUGGGGUCAGAAUGGCGUCCUUUUGGACAUCCGCAAAAGCCUAGGCCCCUAACAUCAGUUGUAUUAGAUGAUGGUAUUUCUGAAAGAAUAUUAAAAGAUGUACAAAAGUUUAUUUCCAAACCUUAUUGGUACAUUGAACGUGGAAUACCCUAUCGAAGAGGUUAUUUAUUGCACGGUCCACCUGGUUGUGGAAAAACAUCUUUUAUUAAAGCUUUAGCGGGAGAAUUGCAAUAUGGUGUAUGUUUAUUAAAUUUAAGUGAACGUGGACUCACAGAUGAUAGAUUAAACUAUUUAAUGACUGCUGCUCCUCAAAAUACAAUAAUAUUAUUAGAAGAUAUAGAUGCAGCUUUUGGCGGAAGACAUGAAUCUAAACAAGUUACUUCUGCUUAUGAUGGAUUGAGUCGGGUAACAUUAAGUGGCUUAUUAAAUGCUCUUGAUGGGGCUGCUUCAUCUGAAGCUAGAAUAUUAUUUAUGACAACAAAUUACAUUGAAAGACUAGAUGCUGCAUUGAUUAGACCUGGUAGAGUAGAUUCAAAGGAGUAUAUCGGUCAUUGUUCACAAUCGCAAAUUGAACGAAUGUACAAUCGAUUUUUCCUAGAAAAUAAAGACAAUGAAAAAUAUGCUAAAGAAUUUGCAGAAACUGUUUUUAAAACAGGAAAACCUGCAAGUGCGGCUCAAAUCCAAGGUUAUUUUAUGUUAUUAGAAGACUCUUCUCCCAGUGAAUUAAUUAAGAAUUAUAAUUUAAUUUGGGAUACAUAAAAAUUGAUAAAUACAAAUUUGUUAUAUAACUAUGCAAUUAUUGUUACCUAUCUGUUCUCAAUUAGUGUUAUUUAUCAAAUUAUAGUUUAAAAAAAAAAUUAUAAAGAAAGAGCCUGUUAACAAUAAAUA